ACAAUUUUCAGCACCUCCCCCAGAAACUCUUCUAAAGAGGAGAUUAAUUUGGUACACAGUUGGUAAGCGGUGACAAAAAUUACAUAGGCUGUCCAAUUUUGCAACAUGAACAAAGGAUGGCUAGAGUUAGAAAGCGAUCCGGGUCUGUUUACCUUGUUAAUCGAAGAUAUGGGAGUGAAAGAUGUGCAAGUUGAAGAGAUCUAUGACCUACAAAAGGCAAUAGAAGGGACUGCCUAUGGGUUUAUCUUCUUAUUCCGCUGGAUUGAAGAGAGAAGGAGUCGACGUAAAACAACAACAGAGGAAGAGUCAUUUGUACAAGAUGAAAAUGUUGUCAAUAAUAUUUUCUUUGCCCAACAGGUGAUACCUAACUCCUGUGCAACUCAUGCCUUAUUGAGUGUCUUGCUGAACUGUGAUGAGAGAGUAAAGCUGGGGGAGACCCUUUCCAAACUGAAAGAGUUCUCCAAAGGAAUGGGGCCAGAGGACAAAGGUGUAGCCAUAGGAAAUAUGCCAGCAUUAGCUUCAGCACACAACAGCCACGCAAGACCUGAGCCCCGGCACCCUCCAGAGAAACAGCAGGGUCUGUCCACGGUCCGAACCAUGGAGGCCUUCCACUACGUCAGUUACGUCCCCAUCAAUGGACGACUGUUUGAACUAGACGGAUUGAAACCCUACCCAAUAGAUCAUGGUCCUUGGGAGAGGGACGAGUAUUGGACAGAAAAGUUCCGCCGUGUUAUCACGGAGAGACUGGGCAUGGCCACAGGAGGAGAACCAUACCAUGACAUCCGUUACAACCUGAUGGCAGUGGUUCCAGACAAACGCUCAUUGUACGAACACAAACUGGCCACACUGAAGACAAACAGACAGAUUGUGCUGGAGACACUGCAGCAGGUUACGGUUAACACUGAUGGCUCAGACACGCUUCUGGACAACAAGAUGGUGAAGGUUACAAAUCCCAAUCUGACGUCUGCAGACAGGGACAAAUACUUGGCUGCAGUAAAGCAGCAGGGGAAAUUAACUGUGAAAAAUGGACAAGAUCUAGUUCAAGGGACCAGCACAGACACAAAGAAAAUGGAAACAGAGUCCAACACUGCAGCACAGAGUUCAGAGCCUGCUGAGGAAAUCAUUUGUGUGGACGAUUCAGACAGUGAAAGUGCUAAGCCGGAGACUGAAAUAAAAGUAGAAAGUGAAAGUAAAGUGACAGAAGAAACUAAAACAGAGCUGAAGACAAGUGAACAAGAGACACAAAAAAUGGAGCAAGACAAAAAUUCAGAAUGUAAAGUAACAGCAGAGGACUCAAAAACAAAGGAAAAAAGCAAUGAAAAGAGUGAAAGUGUUGAAAAAUCAAAAAUUCAAAUAAUGGAGGAAGGUGCCUCAUCAUCAGACUUGACAAAGCCACUGACAAUUGAGACCAAGUUUCCAGAAUCUGCAACGUCCUCUGGUCCAGGAAGUGAGAGUACGGACACUGCAUCAGAAGUGGGCAGUUGUUUUAGCUCGCCUAACAGUGGGUUCAAUUCCUGUCAGAAUAGCCCCCACACGGACAAUGGAGCAGAUGGAACAAACAAAGAGGAGGGUGGACAGACUACAAGACACAAGAGAAAAUUCAGUGGAAACCAACCAUUCACACCCAAGGAUCUGCUCGCCUUAUUGAAAAAUGUAGAAAAUGAAAUUAAAUUGUGUGAGGUGAAUCUCAAGGAUGAAAUAGAGAAGAGGAGAAAAUAUCAGAUUGACGAUUGUCGGAGAACACACAACUACGACCAGUUUAUCUGUACGUUCCUAUCCAUGCUGGCCAAAGAGGGUCACCUUGCAGAUCUUGUUGAAAAACACUCGCUGAUCAAGAAACGGCACACAGGACUCGGACUUGGGAGGGUCUCCAAUGUUAAAACAGCAGCGGAGAGGCGGAGAGUCCGCGCCAACAGGAGGCGGUGACAAGUCAAUGUGAUUGGACAGGAAACCAACGACAGGCAUCAAUCACCCAAGUGAUUUUACAGAAUCCUGGAGUACGAGUGACAGUAUAUUGAUUGUGGAAUUUGUGUUAUUGAAUUAUGAAUGCUUGUAAUCUGAAAUUUUAAAACUGUUUAGAAUAUGUUUGAAUUUUAAAUUCAUAGCACAUUUUUCUCGACACAUUGGUAGUACAAUCAUGUAUGGUACAAAUCUGAGGAUAAAAUCUCAUUACAGUAACUGCAUUGUAUUAUAAAUACAUUUGUAAGUAAAAGUUUACAUUGGACAAGCAUGUGUACAGUGUAUGUACCUGCAACAAACAUUGCUUUUAUCUAUGUGAUUUAAAUUGUAUUUAUGAGUGGUCCUUAAUUUUUCUCCAACACAGUAAAGACUCUGAAAUCAAGGUAAGGGGUACUAUUCUCGAGGGAGAUAAGUCUACAGAACUGGUUCUAAUUAUAUGGCAAAUGUUUCUUGUACUAGUUCAAGCACAAGUUAUGGAGUGGGGACCACUUCUCCAACUGUCUCUGUUAUAACUCAUUUUGUAAUUUUUGUGCAAUACAUUGAUUGUGUUCAUUAACUUAAACUUGAAAAUGGUAUUCAGUGAAUAAAUGAUUACAUAUCAGUACAUAAA